AAUGAACUUUGCAUCUUGCAUAGCUUCAAAGAACACCGCUUUUAAUAGAAUUUAAAUGAGCGAUUUGUGAGUUUUAUCUUCUGUUAUUCUAUACCUCCAUCGUAUUAUCAAAAAAAAAAAAAUUAAAAAUCGUAAAAAAUUAACGCCAUUUUAAUUAUGAACAUCUGUACGCUUCAAAGUUCUAGCGGCGUGCUUGGUGGAUGAUCUAAUGUAAUGAUGGCCAUUUCGUAGUAAAUACUGAAAAUCCGGAACCUGAAAGAUGCAGCUUGUAAACCUACUCAAGUAUGUUUUCUCAGUGCUGAUGUUGUUAUCCAUAUUCCCAAUUACAUACUAUAUGAGAGAUCGAUACAUCGAAGUAUGGAGAAUGAAUACUACAAUUCAUAUGUACUCCAGUUCCAGAGAAUGCAAUUCUCUUAAUGUUACUGAAUUAAUUCAAGGUGAAUGGGUGCCGCGUAAGGAUCUUACCCCACUCUACGUGAAGACAGUGCAUGCGAUGAAUGAUUAUGUCCUGUGGAGGCGUGGUAAAAAGCACUUAAUUAAUCUUCGCAAUGACACCAAAUGUGGAUUAGAGUACCCUGUCAAUGGGUAUCCAGGUCAAUGUGCAGCAAAUUCGUCGAAACCAUGUUGUAACGAUCAAAAAGGGGAAUGUGGGAGCGGCCCGGAAUACUGUAAAUGUCUACCUGAUUGUACAGAUUAUUCAAAUAUUAUAAAUCCAGAAUUAAUGGAUUGGAAAGAAACCUAUUGCCCUUUAGAAGAUUACACGUCAUUGUCGACAUGCGAUUUUCUAUCAAAGAGAUACUCUUCAAUUACAUUUAUUGGGGAUUCCCUUGUGCGCCAUUUCUUUGAAGCUUUUAUGAUACAUGUGACUGAUGAUGCCGCGUAUGGUGCUAUGAACUACAAUCUUUCAAGUGACGUCCUCAGUCCUUGCAGAGAUGAAAUGCAGUUUUCGGAAACGGGCUGUCGCCUUAAAUUAUUACUUGAAUGGAAAGAUAUAGUUAAUCAUCAUAGGUAUUGCAGACAUGCUAAAAAUAAGAUAAAGGCUAGUUACUUUGCUACUCAUCUCUUUAAAGAAUUACCAGCUGUUUUAGAAAUUGUUAAAGAACGUUUGGCAGAAGAACGUCCAUUGUUUUUAGUGUAUAUUGGUGGACAUGAAUCUUUCGGAGCUGAAAGGGGGUGGGAACGCUUUUUGAAGCCUCUAGUUGAACAAUUAAAACUCAACAAAACCAAAAAGCCUUCAUUUCUUUGGUUGGGAGGACACACUAAUGGACCAACAAAACUCGCUGCUUACGCUAAACAUCAAGGCUCAAAGAAGGCCUUCGAUUACACAGCAGUACUGUCAGAAAAGUUAGCUAAAUACGGUAUUUCCGUGUUUGACUAUUUUCCGAUCACAAAAGAUGUGUUUAGUUUUGACGGUACUCAUUUUGGAUCGAAGCUAAAUGGAAUGAAGGUUAAGAUGCUAAUAAAAUUGUUGAAAUACAACUCAUUUGAAGUGCCCUAAUGUUCAAUUUUUAUUUGUAAUCUUAAUAUAUUUCACACCAUGCAAGCUAAACUAGUUAGGUCAUUACUUAGGUUUUAAUAACUAAAAUAAAUUUUAUUUCUUUAUUAUAUUUUUUUAGUUUCAAAAUCAAUAUUUCCAACAAGUGUAGUUUAAAUCCUAAUAAAUCCUAAUAAAAAACUUUAAGUGUUCCAGAACGAGCUUAUAUGAUGCAAAAUAUAAGUAUAUGUAUGUAGAUAUCACAGUAAAGGCAGGUAUUAAAAUAAAAAACCUGGUUUAUUAUUAUAAUCUUAGUGAUGGCAGUCUUUAUGGCAAGAAAAGUGUCACUUAAAACAUUGAAAUUUUAGGUUUUGAAUUAGGUUAUUAUUCUGUAUACUCUUUUUAGGUACAUCUAAUUAGUUUUAUAUAAAAUUAUUGUAAUUUCAAACCUCCCAUUAUACAGACUGAAUUUGUUAGAAAGAUCUUAUGUUUGUAAGAAAUAUAUUAUUGAAGCUGGUUCUCACCUUGUCUUAGCA